UCCAGGUCUCCAGGGCAGAGAAGAGACCCCAGCAAGAUCACUUGCUGCCAAGAUGUUCUGCUGUUUGCCCCUGCCCAGAGGCCGGGGCCUCAGGAGGGCUCACAGGCAGAGUGUGUGGGAUCGCUGUCGAUGCUGGCUCAGAGCCCCCCGAGGAAGCCUCUGGCCCUUUGUCCGAAGGAAUAGAGAGGUAACAUGGAAGAACCAGGCGAGGCCAGGUCCCCUCUCCCAUCCCACCCGGGUAACCCUGAGUUCUUUCCCUGUGGGUGUGGAUGGGGUUUCUGGGGGUGUGCCGGCCUCCAGCAAGCCCAGGCAGAUGUGGGGUCAGAAGCCUGUGGUCUGGUGGUAUCCAUACCCCAGGAGAGAGCAGGCUGGUCGGAGCCCCACCCCGCUGCCCGUGAGGCCCAGUGCAGGCUCCAGGUGAGCGUGCCCACGGAGGGGUCAGCCCAAGGGGAAAUGGAGAGGAAGCAGGGAAGGCCUGCUGCCCAGACACCACCCAGGACACACCCUGGGGCCCAGUCUCGGGCUGCUACGGGGCUCAGCACACCUGGCUCCGACCCAGAGCCCCGAGGACCCAACCCUCUGAGGCAGCACGAGGACCUGGAGCCCAGCGCGGCAGAGCACACAGCUCUAGCUCUGACCUUCAAAUAUAACCAGGCUCCACUUCCAAGCCCUAUCCCCACAGAGGUGGUUGCUACAUGUGCAGGACCCAGGGAUCCACUGAGGGGAGGUCGAGACUUGAGCCUUCUCCUCCCAAAGACACCAGGCCAGCUGGGUACUGGCCAACAUCCUGAGAAGAUCGGACCUCUGUGCCUGCAUGACCGCCAGUCGCAGGCACCCAUGUCCCACCCCCUCAGCCUGAACGUCCACCUGCACCUGCACCUGCACCUGCACCUGCUCAGGCUUUGGCAGGAGAACCUGACUCAGGGCAUGAGUUACCACCUCUGCUGGGAGAGCCCACCCUGGCUCCUGCUCAAGACCCAGACGCCCACGAUGACUGACCAACCGCUGCAGGGAGAACGGGCCCCUGUUCUGGACAGAGACCCGGAGUCCGUUCCGGAAACACCAGGUCCAGGGGAGCCGUGGGCUCUGCGGCCGCGAUCCCUGUCUGCCUCCCGUGGAUGCCAUCACCUCGCUCCCCACCCAGGGGAGACUGAGAUCCCUUCCCUUGAGGGUCUUUUCAUCUGGUUUGUGUGUAGCCUUCUUGUGAUUUUUUUUUAUGGUCGAGCUCCGGGACCCCAGCAAGAACUGGCGCUCAGCAGCGCCCUCGUCCAUAGGCGGCGGCUCUGCCCUGACUGGAGCAGGAAGGCCACCAAACCGCCCCAGGCCGACCUCACGCCCCUCCCACUACUGUAG